CCUCAAACCUUCUUUAGCGCAUGCUCCGUAAAGGACUGCGAUUUCGAGCGCAUGCGCAGUGCUUCCUGGCAGUUUUAAAACACCAGGACGUUAGUGGAGCAUCCUGGUUGUGUGGAGACGAGGAGACACACCGGGGCCGUGACGGGAGGUCGGAGCCGGGAAGCGGCUAUGUACACGGAGCUUCUGUGAGUCCAGACAUGGCGUCCCCUCAGGUGGUGGAUGAUUCGAGCUCCGGAGAGGCCUGUUCUGGGGGAUACGGGGAGCUCGGGGACUUCCUCCUGGAGGAGAGGGCAGAGGAGGAGGAGGACGACGAGCUGCGCGGGCACUUUGAGCAGGCGGCACAGCAUGCACAGAAACUGGCCCAUGUGGCGACCACACAGCAACUUCUCUACCUGUAUGCCAGGUACAAGCAGGUGAAGGUUGGGAAGUGUACAACGUCCAAACCAGGAUUCUUUGAUUUUGAAGGAAGGCAAAAAUGGGAAGCGUGGAAAUCCUUGGGCGAUUACAGCUGUCAGCAGGCCAUGCGAGAUUAUGUUGAAACUGUGAAAAAGCUGGAUCCAGACUGGAAACCAAAGGUUCAGUAUGCAUCUGAAGAACCUGUUGAAAAGCACAAGACAACAUUUGGUGGUCCGGUGGUCAGCUGCCUGUACAAGGUGCAGGAGACUCUUAGGGAUGAAGAUAAAGACAUCUUUGACUAUUGUCGAGAAAAUGAUAUUUCACGGAUAUCCCAAGCUUUGGCUACAGGAACAAUUGAUGUUAAUGUGGCAGAUGAUGAGGGUCGUAGCCUCCUGCACUGGGCUUGUGACAGGGGGCGCACAGAGCUAGUGUCCAUCCUACUGUUUCAUAAUGCUCAUAUAAACAUGCAGGACGCUGAAGGGCAGACACCGUUACAUUAUGCUUCUGCCUGUGAGUUUGCCGAUAUAGUGGACAUGCUCUUGGAUCAUGGUGCUGACCCUUCUCUCGUGGACAAUGAUGGUUUCCAGCCACAUGAAGCUACAGAUAACAAAGAAAUUUCAGAUAUGUUAAAGCAACAUGUCGCAUUCGGAGAACAUGACAAACCUCCAAGCCUUUUACAAAGUGCAAAAUAAAGUUCAGUGCAAGUUAACCCUUUCUGGCCUUCACAGGAAUUUUUUUUUUUUUUUUUUUUUGGUGUUUCAAGCAUAUACCUAUUGUCAAACACUCCCCCCUUCUUCCCGCAAGACACCCUCCUCAAUAAUUCUUGCAAAGAAAAUAAACUUUGUAAUAUAUCUUAAAACGAAGAAUGCCUCC